AUGGUUGAAAGAAGCCGUAGCUUUAAAAUACCGGGAGCUGAGACAACUGAUCUACGAAUCGCUCUUUAUGAGCGCAAAGAAGUCAUCGAAAGGCUCCAAGAAGAGUUGAAUGCAGAGAGAGAAGCAUCUGCAACAUCAGCGAGCGAGGCCUUGUCAAUGAUUAUUAGACUGCAAGGAGAGAAAGCUGAGCUAUCUAUGGAAGCUGGUCAGUACAAGAGAAUGGUUGAAGAGCAAAUGUCUCACGCCGAGAUGUCUUUCGCGCUUUUGCAGGAUAUCAUUUACCAGAAAGAGCUUGAAAUCACUGCUCUUGAGUAUCAAGUUGAAGCUUGUAAAAGCCAGCUUUUGAGUUUGGGGUAUAGUGAUUUCACUAGCUUAGAUCUUAAGCUUCAAGAGAAUGAUGAUGAAAAUGAUUUGCCAUUGUGUGAUAGAUCUCAAACACCGUCUCCAGAUCUUUCGGUACCCGAGGAGAAGGAAGUUAUUGAGCAGAGUUUGGAAUCACAAAAGAGUUCCUUAGAUGUGUAUUGGGAGCAGAUCAAGAAACUAGAUGAACAAGCAAUGCUUUAUUUCUGGCUAUGA